UCACCGCUCCCGUUGGAUGCAGCUGCGGAGCGGCGAGAGAGAGACUGAACGGUGAUUGAAAGAGAAGAGAGCUGAACGGCGGUGGCGGCAGCCAUCUUAAAACUACCGCACUAAUCCCAGAUAUACAUCCUCUGGAUAUUUCUGCAACACCGAGCUAAAUCAGAUUUUACCGGGCGAGAGGAGACAGAAUACCAUUUUUUUAAUUCCUUCGCUGUUUUUUACACUGAAGACGGGAUGCGGAUCCGCGGGGUGAAACGUUUCGCUUCUGCAGUCGGUCUGCUCUUAGGACUAUUAUGCGCGGUGGAGGCAGCCAAAGUAAAUAAGCACAAGCCAUGGAUUGAGACCACGUAUCAUGGUAUCGUAACGGAAAAUGACGACAAAGUUCUCCUGGACCCUCCGCUGAUAGCCUUGGAUAAAGAUGCCCCGUUGCGCUAUGCAGAGAGUUUUGAGGUGACCUUCACCAAAGAAGGGGAGAUCUGCGGCUUCAGGAUUCACGGGCAGAAUGUGCCGUUCGAGGCGGUGGUGUUGGAUAAGUCCACUGGCGAGGGCGUGAUCCGGGCCAAGGAUAAACUGGAUUGUGAGCUGCAAAAGGAGCACACCUUCACCAUCCAGGCCUACGACUGUGGAGAGGGACCUGAUGGCAGCAACAUGAAGAAAUCUCACAAGGCUACCGUCCACAUCCAAGUGAAUGACAUGAAUGAGUAUUCACCGGUGUUCAAAGAGAAGUCCUACAAAGCCACAGUGAUCGAGGGCAAAAAGUAUGACAGCAUCCUGAAGGUGGAGGCCGUUGACGCUGACUGCUCUUUCCAGUUCAGUCAGAUCUGCAGCUAUGAAAUUGUCACCCCCGAUGUGCCCUUUACCGUUGACAAGGAUGGCAACAUCAAGAACACAGAGAAGUUGAACUACAGCAAGGAACGCAUGUACAAACUCACCGUGACUGCAUAUGACUGCGGUAAAAACCGUGCAUCUGAGGACGUUCUUGUAAAAAUCAACAUCAAGCCCACCUGCAAACCAAGCUGGCAAGGAUUUAAUAAAAGGAUUGAAUAUGAGCCUGGUACAGGCAGUCUAGCACUGUUUCCCAGCAUGCACCUGGAGACCUGCGAGGAGCCAAUCACCUCCAUUCAGGCCAGCAUCAUGCUGGAGACUAAUCACAUCGGCAAGGGCUGUGACCGUGACACCUACUCCGAAAAAUUCCUGCACAAGCUGUGCGGUGCCAGUGCUGGUACUGUGGAGCUGUUGCCUGCUCCCAGCAACUCUGCCAACUGGACUGUCGGCUUGCCCACUGACAACGGGCACGACAGUGACCAGGUGUUUGAGUUCAACGGCACCCAGGCCAUCAAGGUCCCUGAGGGUGUGGUGAGCACCACCCUGAAAGAGCCCUUCACCAUCUCGGUGUGGAUGAGACACGGACCUGGAGGCAGGGAGAAGGAGACCAUACUCUGCAACUCUGACAAGACUGAGAUGAACAGGCACCACUACUCUCUGUAUGUACACAACUGUCGUCUUGUGCUGCUGCUGCGUCAGGAGCCUACCGAAUCGGAGAACUACAAACCAGCUGAAUUCCACUGGAAACUCGAUCAAGUGUGUGAUAAAGAAUGGCAUCACUACGUGUUAAACAUUGAGUUCCCAGCAGUGACUUUGUUUGUGGAUGGUUCCAACUUCGAGCCCUUCCUGGUCACGGAGGAUUACCCUCUGCAUGCCUCCAAGAUCGAAACCCAGCUCACCAUCGGCGCCUGCUGGCAAGACCUCUCAGGACAUGACAAUGAUACUGAGACUCUCUCAGAGCCUUUGACAGGUGGCAGCGCCCGCAUGACUCAGUACUUCAGGGGCAACCUAGCUGGACUCAUGAUCCGCUCCGGCAAACUGGAGAACAAGAAAGUUAUCGAUUGCCUCUACACCUGCAAGGAAGGUCUUGAUGUGCAGCUUCCAGAGGAGGUAGCCUCUGCUGUGAAGGUGGAUUUUAACCCCAACCAGUCUUCUCUGAGCCUGGAGGGAGAUGACAUUGAGAGCUUUGAGAAAGUGAUGCAGCACAUCUCCUACCUGAACUCCCGGCAGUUCCCCACCCCAGGAAUCCGCCAUCUGCGAGUCUCAACCACUGUCAAAUGCUUCAAUGAGGAGACGUGCAUCUCCGUGCCUGACUCUGAAGGCUACGUGAUGGUUCUCCAGCCAGAGGAGCCAAGGAUCAGCCUCAGUGGAAUUGACCAUUUUGCCCGUGGAGCAGCUGAAUUUGAGAGUACGGAGGGCGUUACGCUCUUCCCUGAGCUGCGCAUCGUCAGCACCAUCACCCGUGAGGUGGAGGUGGAGGCUGAGACCGAAGCCGAAGCCGAGGAUGAUCCCACAGUGCAAGAGACGGUGGUAUCUGAGGAGAUCAUGCAUAACUUGGACACGUGUGAGGUGACCGUGGUGGGAGACGAACUGAAUGGAGAUCAUGAGAGUUUGGAGGUGGAUCUGGUCCAGAUCCAGCAGAGAGCUCUGGAGAUGAGCUCUUCUAACGUGGGCAUGGUCAUCACAGGGGUUAACACCAUGGCGAACUACGAACAGGUCCUGCAUCUGAUCCGCUACAGGAACUGGCACACAGAGGCAUUGUUUGACAGGAAGUUUAAACUCGUCUGCUCUGAACUCAAUGGCCGCUACAUUAGCAAUGAAUUCAAAGUCGAGGUCAAUGUGAUCCAUACAGCCAACCCCAUGGAUCAUGCAAACAAUGCUAUGGUCCAGCCUCAGUUCAUCAACCAAGUGCAGCACGCUUCAGUGGACCUGUCUGGACACAACCUGGCCAACACCCAUCAGGCCUCAGUUGUCCCCAGUGCUGCCACCGUCGUUAUCGUUGUGUGUGUGAGCUUCCUGGUGUUUAUGAUCAUCCUGGGCGUCUUCCGUAUCCGUGCUGCCCACCAGCGCACCAUGAGGGACCAGGAAAACGGCAAAGAGAACGAGAUGGACUGGGAUGACUCUGCUCUCACCAUUACUGUCAACCCAAUGGAGACUUAUGAGGAUCAGCACAGCAGCGAAGAGGAAGGAGACGAGGAAGAGGAAGAGAGCGAGGAUGGAGAGGAGGAAGACGACAUCACCAGUGCAGAGUCAGACAGCAGUGAGGAUGAGGGCGGCGAACAGGAAGACCAGCAGGGUUCGAGCAGACAGCAGCAGCUCGAGUGGGACGACUCCACCUACUGAUCCUCCUGAGCACACAGUACACAAUACUUACCAACACACACACACUCACACACCCACGCACCGUCACAUCCCUCUGCAAAUAGGGACGCCCAUGUUCCCACUACCCAAGGAGCCAUGUGUAAAAAUGCGGAAAAAACACUGAAAACUAAACUAUUAUACAAUAUAUGUACAAUAUAGAUGCGAAUAUAUCAUGUGUCUGUUGUGACAGGUGUUGCAAUCCGCUUUCUUUCCACCUGCCCACAUCUUAUCGUGGUGGUAUUCAGUGUAGUACAGUAUCUCAAUACAAGUUCCUAAUUUAUUGAAUCUUUUUCUGUCCUAUCCGAGGGAAUCCUGGCCUAAGUUUGCAUUUUCUUUCAGCUCUGUGCCGACACAUCCCUGCAGUUUUCCCUUCAAGUUGAGCUUCGGGAAAUGAUUUCAUGUAUAUUCCCUGCACAUGAUGUUUUAGGUUGAUUUGCUACAGGAAUUUUUGAGGAAAACUCUUUUCCGAUCACUUUAUAUUGCAUGGCAAGAUUUGCAGUCUUGGGUACGGAAGAAAACAACUGCUUUUUGAUAUUUUGUAAAUAAGACGAAAUCAUGUAAUUAGUCUAUGUGUUAGUGAAAGCCUAACCAACGGUUGCCGGUGUCUAAAAAGACACAGUACCUGCUGUAGGAUAUUUAUGUCAGAUGCUCUUAGCAUGUUUCAGUGAAUCUCAUGCUCGUACUAAAAAACAACGUCCGCUUCACAGAGAGGAACCCAUGACAGAGGCUGAGGUUUCUGUGGCAAAGCGUCGUUCAUUUUGUCUUUUCUCUUGGAGGUGGGUGUGCAUCUUUUUUGUUUUUCGUAGAGUUGGUUCAGUGCUUUGGCUUUACAUAUGCUAAUUCUAGCUGGGCUUGCAAUGGCACAAAUGCUACACCAAGGCUUCAGUGUUUUUAAUUCAGUGACGUUUUGGGGACUAAUAAUCACAUUCAGGUGAUGAAUAUACAGUUGUUGUUUUUUUUUUCACGUGGUACUGUAUGUUGUACAGUUUAGGCACGCCGCAGUUAUUGAAGCCAUUCUUAAGUGAUAGUGCUCGUACUCUCUGUAAUAAAUGGAGACCAAUUGGAAUCACAGCAUCGAAAGUCUGUUGUGUACUGUUUCGACAGACUUCUUGUGCUAAAAUACUGUCUUGAGAUGGUCAGUUAAAUGAACUUUACUGAACAAAAUUAUGGCGGGUGGGUAAUUUUUAUUUCAUAUAUACCUAAUUUUGUAUUUUUUAAGUUUUUAUUUUUUAUUUUCGGGGGUUAACCUGUGUUCUUGUCAUUUCAAGGCCCCUAAAAAGCAUUACAAGGGCUGAUUUGCCGGUCACAGCGCAUUAAAAGAAAUGAAGUUCAACUUUUAAAGGAUAAAAUAUUUUUGCAGUGUGGCCGUUGGAUUUUAUUGUACAUGGAACUGUGUACUGUAGAGUUGUGUGAAGAUAUUUGUUUACAUUUGGUAAACUUUUAUUCCUUUUUGGUGACGCUAUCAAUCUGCUCCAGAUUUGCAGGUCAUUUCUCUUCGUAGUUGCUCUCAGAAUCAUGUCGUAGCUUCAUUUUCUUACUGCGAUUGGAAAAUUCGGGAUACACCCCCCUCAAAAACAAUGGUUAACUAUUGAGGAAAAUAAUAUUGCGUUCCCGUCGGGCUUGAAAAAGAAUGUUAAUCAUUUUGGAGAUUGUACAUUGUUUGAUUGUUUAGUAAAGACGGACGUGAAGCUUUAGGGUACUUCAUAUGUACAUGCGUGAAUAUUCUCAGUUUAAGGCCUAAGCUGGUGGUAUGAAUAUUAUUUUAAUGCCAGGAAAGGUGCAAGUUGUGGAAAAGGUCUAUUUUUGUGACCCAUGAAAGGGCGACGGGAGACUUUUCUUGUAGGUUUUUGUUACAUGUUUUGGUCAUCGGGUUCCCCCUCAAAAUUGACAGGACUUUUAAAGAGAGGUCCAGAAUUCAGCUGGUGGAGUUGGGAGUGCCUUUUACCUGUCACAGCGCAUUAAUAACACAACUAACCCAACACUCAUCCAUGCCAUUUUAGUUCUCGCAUUUUAUAAUGAUUUCACGUUCGAGUUCUACCAGGUAUGGGGUAGUGGUUUUAAUUUGAUUUCAUUUUCUGUUUGGGAUCGACAGCUAGUUUUAUCAAGAGUGGACGUUUUAAUUAUCCUGCAUACAGUAGAUGUCUUGUGUUCAUGUCGAUGUGUAGAGAAAAUAAUAGGUCCAUACUGUAUCAUCAAUGAAUAUUGUACUAAUUCAUGUUUGAGGAAAUCCACUUCGAAAAGAUGUACAUUAUUAUAAGCAGCAUACGUGGGUAUGAGUUGAACAAUAUGUGUACAGUGAAAGGUGUAUCUCCUGGAGAGGGCAGCAUGAAACUCACACAAAUGUAAUAGUCUCUCACAGUGUAUUCUCAACUUGCAAUCGUUUUAAAAGCCGUUUGAGCGAUGUAAACCAUUCCUUGAGACCAAAUUGAGUAUAAUCAAUGUUUGUACUGAAAAUCGCACCGUUGUUUGCAUCUUCCCUCCUUUCCCCUGAUACAAAUAUUCAUCCGCAGGUUCUCAUCAUGUGAAUUGUAUUUCAACAAUGUGAUUUUAAGACACUGGCGGAGAAACUAAACUCCAGAAUAAAUAAGCAGUCUGUGCUGAGUGUGAACGGCUGCAGAUGGUGGGUGUGUAACGGGGCAUUGUCUUUGCAUGUAUAACACAAGAUAUAAAUAUUUCCUGUAACUGGCACACGGUACUGUGGGAUUGGAGUGGAGUAGAUGGGAUAGGAUACUACUGAAUCAAAAGAUAAUCGGUCUCAGAUUUGCAGCCUUCAGUGGUCAUUGUUCACGUUUUGAAUAACUUAUUUUUUUGCUCUAGAAAUGAAAACUGGGGAUGUUGUAGAACUGUUGGAUGCUGCCUUCAGGCUCAUUCACUUUUCUGUUAUUCAGAGGAAUAAUUAUAGUGAAGUUGAUGCUUGCUCAUGAACAAAAUAAAGGAUGAGAUGGGAAUAC